UCUGAGGCAGCUACACAACCUGAGGCGGACACAGACGUGAAUGGACGUAGUACUACUACUAAAGCGCAGGAGGGUGCGAAGCGCAUAGACACGCUCGGCGAUGCGUUUCGAAAAGCGCUGCAUCACAUGUUGUGCGAAAGCUACCAUCCAGCGCGCCUUUUGCUAGUCGUGGAUGCACGGGAGCUGUCGGAAAUAGAAGCUGCGCUGGAGCGUGCGCUGCUGGAGUUUCCUGGUGCUCGACGAACACCUAGUAGUGAUGACGACAUGAGAGACGUCAGUGGCGAUGACGGUUUAUCGGGAGAAGUCGUCGAGAUGGAGAUGAACAUAACCUCGACAGCAGCCUUGGGUGGAAAAUCUUCAGACGCGCGUGCUGCACUGAGUGGUAAUAGUUCCUCCCCGGACAGAGGGGUUGAGGAACUUGCAGCGUGCGAUAGUGGAACAGCCAUCAGUAGAGCAAGUGAAGCGACCCAGCAUGAGGUGAGCCUAGCAUUCAAAUUUUCGAAACGGCAGUCGCAGUUUGUUUUUCCCGUUUCGAGUGCCUCUGCUUUGAGCUCGGUCGGUAGCAGUAGUGACAGCGUUGAUUAUGCGGGUAGCAGUUCGCUUCCAGCAACCGGGAGGAAUAGUGCCGCUGGUGAGCCGAGGAAGGGAAUAGAAGCUGAAGAUACACCGCCAUACAAGAGCCACCAGGAACCGCGGACACUCUCUCUACAGGUAGUGGCCUUCUCAGAUGCCAGACAGUGCAUUUCGUACUUGCUGAGCAAGCAGCAGCGACGGACACCUGGCUACAAGCAGCACCAGCGACCCUACGGUGGUCGUAGCUAUAAGCGCGGAGCCGUAUUUGAUUGGAUGCACAUAUGUGUAGCAGCGAAGAAGCGGCUUAGCCAGCCUUUGUGCCCAGGCGAAGACAGCGACAGCGAGUUUCUUCCCGUGCUAGUCGCAGACCCUACCGUUUCAUCGGCAGAAGAGCUAAGAAAUAGUCAGGUGACGAGCGAAAAGUUUGGACGUGAGAGUGCAAUAGGAGGUGUCGGGGAAGACGCAGCGAAGACCAGAGAGGGUUGUAGCUCGAAAAAGGCACUUUCUUCUGGUCAGGGCGGAUCAACCGGGAUAGAGCAGCAGCAAUUCGUUGCGAUUCUCAAUGCUGAUUACGCUCAGUGCCUGGCGGCUUUUUCGAAGGUAUACAAAUCCGGAAGGGGACCGUUCGGGCCUCAGUUCGUCUUCGGACGAAAUUCACUUUUUGAGGCUAUUCAGGAUAGUCAGCAGCGGUCCUCAGUGACGGAAACGGG